UUCUGUGUGACCCAAAGUUCAGUGAUGAAGAAGAUCUGGAGGAGAAGUUGGCAGUGUUCAAAGAGAAGUACAUGGAGUUUGACCUGAACAACCAAGGCGAGAUUGAUUUAAUGUCUGUCAAAAGGAUGAUGGAGAAGAUGGGGGCUCCAAAGACCCACCUGGAACUGAAAAAGAUGAUCUCUGAGGUGACUGGAGGGGUCAGCGAGACCAUCUCGUACCAGGACUUCGUCAACGUGAUGCUUGGGAAACGCUCCGCUGUGCUUAAACUGGUCAUGAUGUUUGAAGGAAAAGCCAAUGAAAGCAACCCAAAACCUUCUGGUCCGCCUCCAGAGAGAGACAUAGCCAGCCUUCCUUGAAGAGGACAGGCUGAAAAAUUGGCACUGUUAGCUUUGCUGGUCUGUUACAGAGGUUACCUGUGCUUUUUUACUGUGGACAGUCCUAGUUUUCAACUAACCUGCCUUAGAGGAACAGCAAGGGAAGCUGGAGACCCCCACCUCAUGUCUUACUGCUGCAUCCCUUAGCCAACUUGAUUUGUUAGACAGAAGCUGUAGCACCAAGCGUAAUGUGAGACCAAAAAAAAAAA